AUGCCAAAAUCAUCAGACAAUCUCAGCGAAAAGGAGCUCCAGGCGAUCAGGGAUCGAUACAUGGGCGGAGAGCAAAAGAAGCGCCGAAUCCGCAAGAUGAACGACAAAAAGUUUGUCUUUGACUGGGACGCCCAGGAGGACACCGCCAAGGACAUCAACCCGCUUUACAUCCAGAAACAUGACGUACAGCUCUUUGGACGAGGCCAUAUCGCCGGCAUCGACAUCAAGCACCAGAAAAAGCUGCGCUCCGAGUUCUACGGCCGUCUCCUCGAGGAGCGCCGAACGAUCGAGGAAAAGGAUCGGGCUGGCGAGCUCAUAGAGAUUGACCGCCGCCGAGAGCGGCAGGCCGCCUGGGACGACCGCCACUGGUCCGAAAAACCGCUCUCGGAGAUGAAGGAGCGCGAUUGGCGUAUCUUCAAAGAGGACUUUAACAUCUCGACCAAGGGCGGCAACAUCCCGAAUCCGCUUCGCACCUGGGAGGAAGCCGAGCUGCCGGAGCGCCUUCACAAGGUCAUCAACGAAGUCGGCUACAAGGAGCCCACGCCUAUUCAGCGCCAGGCUAUUCCAAUUGGGCUGCAGAACCGAGACAUCAUCGGCAUUGCCGAGACGGGCUCCGGCAAGACGGCGUCGUUCUUGAUUCCGAUGCUCGUGUUCAUCACCGAGCUGCCGCCACUGGACGAAAGCAACCAAAACGAUGGUCCCUAUGCCAUCAUCCUGGCCCCCACUCGUGAGCUGGCGCAGCAGAUCGAGCAGGAGACGCACAAGUUCUGUCGGCCGCUUGGGUUCAACUGUGUCUCGAUCGUCGGUGGUCACUCGAUAGAGGAGCAGGCUAUCGCCCUCCGCAACGGCGCCGAAAUCAUCAUUGCAACGCCUGGUCGCCUCAAGGAUUGUCUGGAUCGUCGUAUGCUUGUCCUCAGCCAGUGCACCUACGUUGUCAUGGACGAAGCCGAUCGCAUGAUCGAUAUGGGUUUCGAGACCGACGUCAACUUUAUCCUGGAUGCCCUGCCUGUGUCGAACGUCAAGCCCGACACGGAGGACGCCGAGAAUGUGGAGGAGCUACGGGCGAUCAUGGGCAUGAAGGAUCGCUUCCGACAAACCGUGAUGUUCUCGGCGACGAUGCCCGCUGCUGUGGAACGCCUCGCUAAAAAGUACUUGCGGCGGCCUGCUGUGGUCACGAUUGGUACGGCCGGCCAGGUUGUCGACCGUAUCGAGCAGCGUGUCGAGUUCAUCAACGACGAGAACAAGAAGAAGAACCGUCUCAUUGAGAUUCUCAACGGUCGCUUCGAGCCUCCGAUCAUUGUCUUUGUCAACCAGAAGAAGGGGUGCGAUGUCCUCUCGAAAGCCCUUGAGAGACUUGGUUAUCGCACCACGACCCUGCACGGUGGCAAGUCGCAGGAGCAGCGCGAGGCCUCGCUUGCUGCCCUCAAGAACGGCACCAAGGACAUUCUGGUGGCCACAGACGUCGCUGGAAGAGGUAUCGAUGUCAAGAACGUGUCGCUGGUUAUCAACUAUGACAUGUCUCUGAAGAUCGAAGACUAUACCCACCGUAUCGGCCGCACUGGUCGUGCUGGCAAAGACGGUGUAGCCAUCACCUUCCUCGGCAACGGCGACACCGAUGUGAUGUACGACUUGAAACAGAUGAUCCUCAAGUCGCCCCUGUCGCGCUGCCCUCCUGAGCUCGCCAACCACGAGGCUGCUCAAAACAAGCCUGGCAGCUUCAAGCCAAAGAGAAAGCAGGAAGAAACCAUCUUCCAGUCUUGA